AUGAAUGAAAUCAUUAAAGGGAUGGCAGUCAUAAAGAUGUACGCCUGGGAGAAACACUUUUCUAAACUCAUAUCCGAAGCCCGAAAGAAAGAGAUGGCCAAGAUCAGAGGGUCCACACUAUUGAGAGCUCUUAAUAUCUCCAUCUCUAUAAUCGCCGCUCGAGUCAUACUGUUUGCCAUAUUCAUAGUGUAUGUGCUUUUGGGCGGACAACUGAAGGCAGAGACAGUAUUCGUGACAAUGUCUAUAUUCAACACAAUCAGAAACACAAUGACCUGGUUCUUCCCACAGUCCAUCGCAUUGGCCGCCGAGAUAUACGUGUCGUGUCAAAGAGUGCAGAGAUUUUUGCUUUUGGAAGAAAUUGAGAAUCAAAGCAUUGAAUAUAAAGACAAUGAUUUCGUAAAUGAGAAAAACAAGAAUAAUAUGAAUAUCUAUUUGAAUAAUAUGGAGACAAUUGAUGCUAAAGUUGAUCCAAAGGAUAUUAGUAUUAGAGUCGAUGAAAUGUCCGCCAAAUGGAAUCCUGAUGUUGAGAUGUCUACUUUAAAAAACAUAACAUGUAGUGUAAAUCCAGGAGAAUUAUUAGCUGUAAUAGGACCAGUUGGUUCGGGAAAGAGCUCAUUCUUAAUGUCUCUGAUGAAUGAGAUUGAAGUGACUUCGGGUUCCGUUGAAGUGAACGGAAGUAUAGCGUAUGCCUCACAGGAGUCGUGGUCUUUCAACUCAAGUAUUUUACAGAAUAUUAUGUUUGGAAAGCCUUACGACUCGAAGAAAUGGCGAGAAGUCAUAAGUGUUUGUGCGAUGAAUAGAGACUUAAAACUGUUUCCUUUCGGAGAAAAGACUUUAGUCGGAGAGAGAGGCGUGUCGUUGAGUGGCGGACAGAAAGCUCGCAUCACUUUAGCGCGUGCUCUCUAUAACGACGCCGACAUUUAUUUAUUGGACGACCCGUUAAGUGCUGUCGACUCUGAAGUCGCUAAACAUAUCUUUGAGAAAUGUAUAACAGAUUAUCUGAAAUCAAAAACUGUAGUUUUAGUCACACAUCAAAUCCAAUUCAUCAAAAAGGCCACAAAAAUUCUUGUGCUCAAAGACGGCCGACCCCUCGCUUUUGGAUCGUAUGAUGAACUGAAUAACUCUGGGAUUGAUUUCAUGUCUUUAAUAAGUGAAGAGAAAACAGAAAAUGAGAAGAAGAAAGAGGAGUCAAAAAGUGAAGAGUUAUUAAUAGCCGAACAAAUAAUUGCUAGAAAGCGGACUAUUAGCACACUUUCCACUAAAUCUGAUGUUGACGUUGAAGUAAGUGCUCCUAAAUUAGAGGACGAAACCAAAGCCUCGGGUUCUAUAGACGCCAAGGUUUACGCCGAUUAUAUCAGAGCGGGUGCCGGACCUGUCCUAUUGACGAUGGCUAUCCUCUCAACACUCAUAUCUCAGGGACUCUUCCAUUACAGCGAUAUCUGGCUUUCGGACUGGACUAAUGCAGAGGACGCCAGGAAUAUAUCGCUAGAAUACGAUCAGACGAAUAACAUAAUCAUAUACUCAGUAUUAGUGGCCACGACUUUCGUAACCCUAAUCAUCCGAUCGGGAACUUUCUUCAUGAUGUGUGUCAUAGCGUCAGUCAAUCUCCAUAACAGCAUAUUUUACAGACUAAUGAGGGCUCCGAUCGCUUUCUUUGACAACAAUCCCGUUGGCCGAAUUCUGAAUCGAUUUACAAAAGAUGUCGGAAUAGUUGACGAACAAUUGCCGUUGUGUUCAUAUGACUUGAAUAUUAUUGUGACCCAGCUGAUCGGUACAAUAAUUGUAGUGGCCUUGGUCAAUUGGUACCUCAUAUUCCCAGCUCUGGUCUUAAUAUUCUUUAUUCUGCAAAUUCGAUGGCUUUAUAUAAAAACUGGAAGAGAUUUAAAACGUUACGAAAAUAUGGCUCGAAGUCCAAUGUAUAACCACAUGACCACAACAUUGAAUGGUUUGGCAACGAUUCGUGCCUUUAAAGCUCAGCACAUGUUUAUGCAGCAGUACUACCGGUACCAGAAUGACCACACGUCCACAUACUUCAUGUGUUUCAGUGCCUCCAGAGCUCUCGGGCUUCCCGGAGGUAGUGCUGGUCUUGCAUUUACUAUGGCAUUAGGUUUAACGGGAAUGACUCAGUGGGGGGUCAGACAGUCAGCUGAAGUGGAGAAUCAGAUGACAUCUGUUGAACGGAUCCUCGAAUACAGUCGACUCACAUCUGAGGCCGAACUCGAAAGCGUCACAAAACCAGCUCUCGAUUGGCCACAAGAAGGGAGGAUUCAACUGAAAGACGUUUACCUGACUUAUGAAAACAGUCCGAAACCGACUCUAAUUAAUCUGAAUUGCAUUAUAAGAGGCGGAGAGAAGGUAGGAGUCGUCGGCCGGACCGGAGCCGGAAAGAGCUCUAUAUUGGCGGCGCUCUUCCGGAUGCAUGAAAUCGAAGGCAAUAUUAUCAUCGAUGGUAUCGACUGCAAGAGUAUAGGUCUUCACGAUUUGCGCAAAAAGAUGUCAAUCAUUCCUCAGGAUCCGAUCGCUUUCAUCGGAUCUCUUCGCAAGAAUUUGGAUCCGUUUGACGAGCACUCGGAGGACAAGAUAUGGGAUGUGUUAGCAGAGGUUCAGCUGAAGGAAGCGGUGAAUGAAAUGCCCGGACGUCUAGAUUACCAGUUGUCAGAAAGUGGUGGGAAUCUGAGUGUCGGUCAAAGACAACUCAUAUGUCUGGCGCGGGCUAUACUCCGACGCAAUCGGAUCCUCGUGUUGGACGAGGCGACGGCUAAUGUGGACCACAAAACAGAUUCUCUGAUUCAGAGGACUAUACGAGAAAACUUUGCCGACUGUACUGUCAUUACAAUAGCCCACAGACUGAACACAAUCAUCGAUUCCGAUAGAGUUCUGGUUUUAGACGCCGGAAGAGUCAUAGAGUUUGACAGACCUUACCUUCUGCUGCAGAACAACACCGGAAUGUUCUAUAAGUUAGUCAAACAGACGGGUAUAGCGAUGGCCAGCGAUCUGUUCAGAGCUGCCAAAGAGGCCUUCGAUAAGACAUCGGAAAAGCACUCCAUUGAAGACACCAUUAAAGAUAACAUCAGGAUUUGA